GGCCUACCCCGCCAACGUGCGCCUGCACUACGGACACCCGGACGCCUUCAACAAGCUCUUCGUCAUGACCAGGGGCGGUGUGGCCAAGGCCACUCGGCAGCUGCACGUGUCCGAGGACAUCUUCGGCGGCAUGAACCACAGUCUGCGCGGCGGCCGCAUUAAGUUCCGAGAGUACAUCAGCUGCGGCAAGGGCCGCGACAUGGGCUUCGACUCCAUCAAUGCCUUCGAGUCCAAGAUCAGCGCGGGCUUUGGCGAGGUGGCACUCAGCCGCGACCUGCUGCGCAUGGCCGUGCGAGUGGACCUCUGGCGCUGCCUGCACCUCUACCACUCUCUAGCCGGCAACUACUUCAAUACCUGGCUCGUCAUGGGCUCAGUGUACGCGCACGUGUUUGCGCUGCUCUUCUUCGCACUCGCACGCGCCGCUGUGUACCACACCGUCGUCUACUGGCCCUCGCCGCCGCCGUCACCUGCCGGCACGCCCGUGGUGGCCAGCGC